CUAAUGUUGAUUUAGGAUUUGAAGCAUUGUUUGUUAAAUUAUCAAAAACUUAUUAAUAGUAGACCCAUACUGUAACCAUAUUUAUAUAACACUCGUAAACUUUCAUUUUCAGCGGUAGCUAUUAAGCAAUUAAAUAUUUAUUGAGGAAUAAUUAAAUACAUAACAUACGCUGGUGUUAAAAUAUUUUUAAACAUUUACACUUGAAAAGAUAUAACAAGAUAAGUUGUUAUGAUUUGUCAGUAUGCAUUCGUGGCGAGACAAUAACGGACGUAGUAGAACGAUUUUAUUAGUUUUUAUGUUACAUAAAAUAAAAAAUGAAAUUUGCCGAACAUUUAUUAGCGCAUAUCACCCCAGAAUGGAGAAAGCAAUAUAUAAAUUACGAGGAAAUGAAGGCCAUGUUGUACUUGGCCAUCGAGGAGGCGCCGUCCGCCGAAAGCGUCGAACCCGAAGUUUUGACGCGCCACUUUAAAAACUUUGACGAGCAAUUUUUCCUAUACUGUGAUAAAGAAUUGAAAAAGAUCAACACAUUCUAUUCAGAAAAGCUGGCGGAAGCGCAAAGGAAAUAUGCCACACUCCUCAGCGAGCUAAAAACUACCCUGAGUGCGAUCGAACAAAAAAACAAACCAACAAAAUACAAAAACGUCGACUUAAAAAAGCAUAUACCCUCUAGGAAAUUGGCAGAACUUAAGUUGGCCUACAGCGAGUUUUACCUUAGUCUUAUUUUGUUACAAAACUAUCAAACUCUAAACUUUACAGGCUUCAGAAAGAUACUCAAAAAACACGAUAAGUUGUUGAAUGUUAAUUUGGGUGCCAAAUGGCGCGAGGAAUGUGUCGAAACUUCUCAUUUUUAUACCAACAAAGACAUCGACAGAUUAAUACAGGACACGGAGAACCUAGUGACGAACGAGCUCGAAGGGGGUGAUCGGCAAAAGGCAAUGAAAAAACUAAGAGUUCCUCCUCUAGGCGAACAGCAAUCGCCUUGGAUAACGUUUAAAGUUGGUUUAUUUUCAGGAUCUUUUAUAGUUCUUUUUGUAGCCGUCGUUUUAUCAGCCGUUUUCCACGAAGGGACUAGUGAAAGUUUAAAAACAGCUUUCGUAUUAUAUCGGGGACCGUUGCUGAUAAUUGAAUUUUUAUUUCUGAUCGGCGUAAACGUUUACGGAUGGCGAUCAUCUGGCGUUAAUCACGUGUUAAUUUUCGAACUGGAUCCGAGAAAUCAUUUGUCCGAGCAGCACCUGAUGGAGAUGGCUGCCAUUUUCGGGGUGGUUUGGACUUUGAGUCUAUUAAGUUUCCUUUACAGCGAUAGUUUAAGCAUUCCCCCUUAUGUAAAUCCCCUAAGUUUAACAUUUGUGAUGAUCGCAUUCGUUAUUAAUCCCUUUAAAGUUUUUCGUUACGAAGCACGAUUCUGGCUUAUCAAACUUUGUGGUCGGAUGUUUGCUGCGCCAUUUUUUUAUGUCGGAUUUGCGGACUUUUGGCUCGCUGAUCAGCUUAAUAGUUUGGUCUACGCGCUUUUAGAUUUCCACUUUCUCCUUUGCUUUUAUUUGACUACUGAUAAUUGGAUAGACGGUGGAGAGGUGUCUGAUUGUCGGGGCGUAGUUUUCUACACUCGCCCUAUAGUGAAUUGCAUUCCUGCUUGGAUACGCUUUGCCCAAUGCUUGAGGCGUUAUCGAGACACAAAAGAGGCCUUUCCUCAUCUUGUCAAUGCCGGAAAAUAUUCCACCACCUUCUUCGUUGUGAUAUUCAACACCCUCAGGGGGGUUAACAAACAUAAAUACGAUUCCUUAUUCGAUAAUCCGUACGUUUCUUUAUAUCUUAUUGCUUCUUUUGUAAGCUCAUGUUAUACGUAUACAUGGGAUAUAAAAAUGGAUUGGGGUUUAAUGGACAAAUCUGCGGGGGAAAAUAAAUUUUUAAGGGAAGAAAUUGUCUAUUCCAAGCCAUUCUACUAUUUCGCCGUAAUAGAAGAUCUCUUGUUACGUUUCGGUUGGGCACUUUCGUUCUUCGUCACGGAAAUGGGAUACGUGAGUGGGGACCUAAUGACGUCCAUAAUGGCCCCUCUUGAGGUAUUUCGACGUUUCGUUUGGAAUUUUUUCCGGUUAGAGAACGAACACUUAAACAAUUGUGGUAAAUUCAGAGCUGUGAGAGACAUAUCUGUGGCACCGAUAGAUGCGUCCGAUCACGUACAAAUUUUGCACAUGAUGGAUGACGAUGAAGGCGUCAUAAACCGGGGCAAAAAGGGCAAACAAAUAAAGAAAAAGGAAGAAAAAAGGCCCUUGUUAUUGGAAGAGAGUUUGAGUAAUCCGGAGUCGCCGAGUACCAGAAGCCCAAGUCCUAGGGACCGUUAGUAUAAACUUCCUUCCCACCCCUUACUGGUAUAAGGAUAUUUGGUUAAGUAAACUAUUUUUAACAGGGUUUAAACACGAUUCUCAUCUUAGUUGAAGAUUAAUUUCUUUUAAUUUCUGUUUUAACAUUGCGGUUUUUUGGCACAAUCAAAUGAUUCAAUUAUACGCCCUAAACAUUUUAACUCCCGCCAGAAACAUUUGAAUACGUUAACAAUGAAAAACAAUUGUUUGCAAACAUGGCUGCCGUCAUAUUUCGUUUGUUAGGUGUUUGUGCGCAGCAUAUCGUAUAAUGGCGGCUCUAUUGUUGUUGGAUGAUUCCGGCGCGCCAAAUACAAACAAACGGACGAGUUUUUUAUUAUAGUAAUAAUACAUAUAACAAAAACCCAAUCCAUUAUUAAUAAAAUAUUUAUGGUUACGUACAUAUUAGGUAAUUUUAUUUUUGUUAUCAUUUGUGAUAAUUGCCAUUCCAAAUACUAUAAUUACGGAAAAAAGUAAUUUUGGAUUUCCUAAAAUGAUAUCCUAGUACUCAGUACUCAGUUACCAUAAUAUUUAAUAAGGCGGAUUGAAAAUUGUUAACAAUUUCGUGUGUAAAUUAUUAAUUGAUUGUGUGUACUACUUUCUCAAAAAUUUGUACAUUAUUUAUUUUUACUUACAAUUAGAACACCUGACGCAUAAAUAUUUACGUUUUUACUUAUAAAAAGUACUUACAAUUAUGAGCUGCACUUAUCGUUAGCUUUUCCGACGUUUUUAUGAAGUCAAAAUUUUAUAACGCUUCUACAGGGUGUACUUAAUACCAUAAUCAACAUAAAAACUACAACUGAAGUGAAUCUGAGAAUUUCAAAAUUUUUUUAAGCAUAUUAGUUUACUAGUGGUAUUAUAUUAUUAAAUUGUUAUUAAUUAUAUGG